AUGCAAUCAAGAGGACGACCAAAUCGAGUUGUCAAACCAAUUGCCCAGCAGCGAAGGCCCAACGCCCACAGGAGGAUCGACGAGGAGCACCUCAACGCCCAUUUUGGCAGCCAUGGCAACACCGCCGCCGACGAUGUGAUGGGCGAUGUCGUGCACGGUUACGGCCGUGGCGACGAGGAUGACGAUGCAGUGACCGAGCCUGAUGCGGACCACGCCCACGUCCAUGCUCAUGACCACGGCGAGGGGCCUCACGCCCAUGUCGACGCCAUGGACCACGACAUGGCGCCCAUGGCACCUAUGGACCCGACCCAGCAGCAUCACCCUCACCCUCACGACCACCACCACCACCACCACCAUCAUCACCACCAGGGCAUUGACGACCUUGCGAACCCAGAGCUGCUCCAGGAUGCGAGUGGCCUCUACGCCGCCGCAGCCGCCGCCGCAGCGGCAGAUCUACAGCCUCCACCGCCUCCUCCACCGCCGCUGGGCUCGACCAUGCCAGCGCCGCAACCUCUCGUCGCAGCGACAGACUUCCAGCCCAACCCAUUACCACAACAACAAGCACGACCACCAACGCCAUCACCACCGCCACCGCCACCACUCCCACCACCUCUCCCCACGCCUCAACCACAAUCAGCACCACCACUACCACCGCCCUCACCACAGACGCAUCAUUCCGCCCCACCCCAAGCCCAGUCUCACAAGACGACCAAAGAGAUGGCCCUCGAGUCCGGCUACGAGGGCUUCAAGGUCGACAGCGCCUUCGCGAAGCGCAUUGGGCAGAUGAUGGGGAGCUGUGCGAACUGCUGGUUCAAUGCCUCUGGGUCGAGGUGUUCGUUUCAUGCGCAUAUUUUACUGACGACGAAACCACCAACUCCCCCUUCCGGUGUAAUAGAGAAGUCACAACCUCCACAGCCAGCCGCCCAUCCAUACGCAGUCCCCGUUCCCAUCCCCACAGCCGCCGCUACCGCCACCAACGACCAAGUGCCCGGCAUCGGCGUCUCGAACGGCUACGCUACCCCCGGCACCGCCCAGCUACAGGCCGCGGCUCUGUGGACCGCCUCGGGCGCUUUGUUCUCGCAUGACGCUGGCGUCAAGGGUACCGUGCAGACGGCACUGCUACAGGUGCGGCAGGCCACGGCGUACCAGCGGGCUCUGAUCGAGGUCGAGGUCGCGGCGAAACAGCUGGCCCUGAAGAUUGUGCAGGCCGAGGAGAUUGCGGGUGCGCUAGGGCAAGGCGACAUUGGUGAUGGUGACGGCGUCGGCAGGGAGGGAGAGGGGAUGGGGGACGACGAAGAGGACGACAUGGUGGUAGAGGGGCACGAGGAGGACGGGGCGGAGGGGAUCCAGCAGCACAUGAAGAGCCAGUAUGAUACCCCUCCUGGGGUUGAUGUGCCUGAGGGCGGCUCGUAG